AUUUCGUUACAGAUGACAAUCUCGCUACCGGAAUAAUUCCGUUUUUUCCCAACUAAAAGGGACAACGUUUGUACAACAAAUUGCCAGUGUUUAUAAGAAGAGCAAACUUUCAAUAAAAACGAAUAGUAAAUAGAAAAUACAUUUUAAGCAAAGCUGGUGUUUGUUUGUGCUUCAAGUUUACUACUUGUAUGUUUACUCAAACAUAAAACUAACCCAUAUUCCAAGAAACUGGCAAGUAAACUCGAAUUAUUGUGCACUUUUCACUCAAACUUUUUUCCCAAUUAACAGCGCCUUUUCGAUGAUUUCGCGCUGGCUACGUUUCAACACCUCUCAAAGUUGAACCGCUAAUUGUCUUAAUUCGUUAGACUCAUUGUGGGGCUCUCGACGUCGGAGGCGCGGGUAAACAUUGUUUAGAUUGCACGUAGGCGCUAAAAUGGAUGUUUAGCACAUCGCUCAUUAUACGCCCGAAUAUUUGCCCGCAAUCCGCACUCUUGCAACUAGUUUCAGGAAAUUGGCCUCCCCUAUCUAUUUUCCCGGCUUCUUAUUUUAUUCGAAUUGCUCGCCCGCCGUACACAGUAAAAAAUGUAUAAAUCUAAACAUACACUAUCCUAGUGUCCAUCAAUUAGAGUAGUUAAAUAAAAGUAAAAUUACACUAGAAAACUACUCUAAAAAUCUGUCAGUGUUUAUCAACUCUAAAUUACUCUGUAAAUUUAGCGCCAAAAGUUUUUAGGGGUUUUCAACACUAUUAGGUGCAAAUCGCUCUAUAUAGUGUUAAUUUACACUAAAAUUACAGCUCUAAUGCGCAUGCCUACGAAUAAUGCGAUUGCACAUGUUGGCACAUAGGUCCAUAAGUGUGUGACUGUUCUUGUGUUUCUUUUUAAGUAAGUAUAUAUAUUUAUAUAUUUAUUGUUGAUUGUUUUUUUAUGUAUUUUCUGGACAGGUAAUAUUUUCAGGUAAGCAAAUAUACUUACAAAAAUUAAUUUCCUAAUUUCUAUUUAAUUGUUGUAAAUUGCGCAAUAUUGUUUAUUCGCAGAUACAAAAGGCUUCUCCGAUUGUAAUAAGUAAUAAAUAAUAAAUAUCCAGUGAAUUUGUAAUUAGUCUUGGCACUGGAACUGAAGCCGUAGGUCUUCUUGAACUGAAAAAAUUAUUUGUGGGAUCGAAAUUUUAUUUUUUUAAGAACAUCAUUGACCCAAUAGCUUUUGCUAUUAAACAUAAAUCACUUAAAAACAUAUUUAUCGGCACCUCUAAACUUUACGGUUUUUCUUCUGUGUAAGAAAGUUUGCACAACUGUUUCGCAUUUCUCAGUACAAAACGUCAGAUUAUUUUUAAUAUAUUUAAAAUAAUUUUAAGCCUUGUUGAGUCCAAUUUGAAGAAUAAAGUAUUAUAUUCAACUCGUAUUCGUGAAAAAUCGGUUUAUUUAUUCAUAAUUCAUUGGAUCGUUUGAUUUAAUACUGUAGGAAAAAGGCCUCAAGGGCAUCAGUUAAAAAAUUCGAUGCUUCGCAUUUCAAGUUUUUUUAUUAAUGUUUUUACACUUUUUUAUACACCCUUUUAAACAAACUAAAGAAAUUAAAAUCAUUUUCGGUAUAGGGCCAGCAAAACCUUAGCCUAAUUAUCUCAUUUUUCAGAAAAAAAUUGCUCAUUUCUCGUCACUAUGUUUAUUAAAAUUAAACACAUUCAUUUAACAAAACUGGCGAAAAUCGACAUCAGUUCGGCGACUUAUGAGGAUUUAGUAAACAUUGCAAAAUUAAAAUUCCCGGAGCUCGCUGACGAGCAAAUUUAUUUCCAUGAGAAAGAUGGAACAAUUUUGGAAGAAGACGUUAUUCUUGACUUCUUAAAAGAAAAUUCGAGGGAAUCGAUUUUACUAAUCGUAUGUAAAAUAAGAGCUACUGCUGAUGAAUUAAAUUUUGCAUCAGCAAGUACUGUCUCUAUUAUAAGUACGGAGUACCAAGACACUGACGAAAGUACCACCAGUGAGGAUGAAAUUAGUGAAAACAUUUCAGUCGUACCAAGUGAUAAAAGAAUAGAUCCUAAUAUUCAGAAAGAGGAAACAUUUAAAAAACCUAUGGGUUACAAAGAAAUGUCUGUUGAGGGGUGGAAAAAAUUUAUAAGAAAUAGAAUGGGUGAUGAGAUUUUUGAGUUUUACAGUCGAAAUGGUUUUCUGAAAAAAUCAUUACGUAUUCAAUUAGUCAAUGCAACGACUUCUGAAUUAGUGCGUAUGUAUGGAAUCUCAGUUCCUGAAUUCGCCAAAAGAAAUUUGGGACAGGCUAUUAUUUCAAUAUUUCCUAAAUUGAGAAACCCGUGUGGCCCAACGGGCUACGAAGCCUUUUAUAAAAACGACAAUGGGGGGGAAGGUUUUAUUAGUUAUAGGUUACGCUUUAUCGCGAAAAAUUCCAAAGAUGAAGACAUUAGGGCCGCGGUACGCAGAAGGAAGCGCAAAGCUGUUGAAAACGCGUCCGAUGAAGUGAAGGAAAAAAAAGAAGAUUGUAGAAAUACAUAUAAAAACGUAAUAACUAUCACUCCAGAAAUUUCUGAUUGUGUGGAAUUUCUGAGAAACGCUUCUCCUCAAACAGACCAAGAAGCAAUCUUGGACAGAAUGAAAAAAACGUUCACUUAUAGGCGGUCCUUGGAUGUUAAUGUUUUAUCAAUCUUUCCGAGAUUUCUGGACACUCCAUAUCUUAUUGAACACGAUUUUCGAUUACUUUUUCCUGAUAAAGAACUCAGUUUUAUUGCCAAAAUAAACAAUGAUGCAGAGAAAAUUCUAAGUAUAUAUGAUAGUGAAGUAGCCACACCUGCCACAGAAAUAUUAGGUUCGACGGAAGGUUCAAGUGACAAAUUUGACAAAGUUACACGAUCUUUGUUAGCCCUAGCCAAACUUCUUCAAUGGAGGGUUAAUUCAAAACAACUAAAUCAACCGGUCGCAGAAAUAUUAUCUUCACUUCAAAGAAAACAACCAUUUCUGUUGGCACAAGGGCAUAGUAAUAAGGGGGCAAUUACGAAGUACCACAUAGUAGUGGACAGACAGCUCAUCCCUUGCCCUGACCACUGUUCCAGUGCGGAGGCUUUCCAGUUGCUGUUUAUGACUCAUUAUGUGUUCAACAUAAGGUACGAUCACAAACUAAAAUUUUUUUGGGAAUUCAUACAAACCUAUUAUUUUGACAUUGAAUCCGAAGGUAUAUUGUACACUCCACUUAUGUGUCUAGUGAGAACUAGACUCUUAAAUGAUUAAUGAUAACAUUGUUUUCGAUUUUGUAUACUUGUUAGAGUUCUUUUUGUUAGUUUUUUAUACGAGUUUUUUGUUAUAUGAGUGAGUAAUUAUUUACAAUGUUUGUGUGUUCCUUAUGUAAUAAGAAAUUAUUAAAAACUUAUUUGGUUGUCAAGCAUUUAAGAACAAUUCAUGGAUUAUUUGAUAAUCCGAAACUUAAUUUAAGAUGUUGUUUUCAGUUUUGUUAUUCAAAUUUUAAAACUUUUAAUGGAUUUAGAAAACAUAUGUUGAUUCAUGAGACUGAGAAUUUAGGUAAACAAUUAUUAAGAAAUAAUGAGAAUUUGGUUGGGUCUACAGAGUUUUUACAGAGGACUAGUAAUAAUGCUGCAGUAACUCCUCUUAGCUCUCUCACUAUUAAUUCUCAAGUUGAUAUUGUUGAUGAGUGUGGUGUUUGUGUUGAAGAUGACAAUAAUGUUGCAAUAACUUCUCUUAGCUCUCUCACUACUAACUCUCCAGUUAAUAGUGUUGAUGAGCGUGUUGUUUGUGUCGAAGAUGAUAAUAAUCGUGAUUUUAAUACAUUAGAAGAUGGUUCUUUUACUAAAAUCCAGAAUGAAUCAUUUGAUAUUGAGGUACUGUUCCAUAUAUUUUUUCAACAAAUUAUGCCACUGAGUUUACCACACUCACAAUUUCAAGCUGUAUAUGAAGCGGUUGAUGAAUUACUUUUAAAUUUGUUCGAGUAUAUGUUAAAUAACAGUGUUAAUGAAAAUCUUUUUUUUUCUUUCUUAAAUAGUGUUAGAGAUAAAGUUAAAAUAGAAAUGAAUAAAUAUAGCAGCACAUAUAAAAGAAAUAAAAUUAUUAAUUCAAAAAUUGUUUUGCCAAAGGAAAUAUAUUUAGGUAUACGUAAUGAUUCCAUAUUCGACAAAAGUACGAACACAAGAAUAGAAGUAAAUAUCCCCAGAACAUUUCAAUACGUACCUAUUCUAGAAACACUACAGUGGUUGAUAAAUAAUAACAAAAUAAUAUUGGACUAUAUAUCAACAUUCAAGUGUACUACUCAUGAAAAGGAAUUAAUUACAAGUGGCACAUACCUUGAAAAUAAUGAAUUAUUUUUACAAAAAAAAUAUUUUGUAAAAUUGCAGUUAUAUUACGACGACUUCGAAACUGUUAAUCCUUUAGGUAGUAAGACAGGAGCUCACAAAAUCGGUGCGUUAUAUUUUACAAUUCAAAAUUUACCCUAUGCAUUUAACUCAAAUUUAAAAAACAUACACCUUUUAGCUUUAUUUUUUACGUCUGAUUUGAAGUCUAGUUGCAUAGGUGAAGACAUUACACUAAAUAAAAUAUUAUCUCCUAUCAUUGCAGAUUUAAAAAAAUUGGAAACUGAGGGUAUUUUAGUAGAUGGCGUUUCUGAACCAAUUUUUGGCACGAUUUCAUCUCUUUCUCAUGAUAAUCUAGCUGCAAAUUCUUUGCAUGGAAUGGUUGAAUCCUUUCAGGCUAAUUAUUUUUGUCGGUUUUGUUUAUCUCACAAACAUGAGAUGCAGAAUAUGUUUUCAGCAAGAGAUUGUACUUUAAGAACAAGUGAACUGUACGAACAACACAGCAGUAUAGCGGAAAGAAACAAUAAUCACCAUUUUGGCAUCAAAUUUCGCAGCAUCUUAAAUGAUCUUAAUUUUUUUAAACUUUGCGAUACAUCUUCUGUAGAUAUAAUGCACGAUAUUUUGGAAGGGACUGUUCAGUACGAAUUAAAACUUUUUCUUUUAGAAAUUGUGAAUGCGAAAUUAUUAACACUUGUCCAAAUAAAUGAAAGGAUACAUUUAUAUGAUUUUGGUACAACAAAUAGCUCCAAUAGACCUAGCCCAGUUGUUCUGGACAAAAAUAAUAAUAAUAUCAAACAAAAAGCAGUGCAAGCGUGGUGUCUGAUUAGAUAUUUACCUUUAAUAAUUGAUGAUGUCACAACCGAAGUAGACACAAAAUUUCAAGUAAUACUAUUAUUGUUAAAAAUUAUGUCUAUUGUCUUUGCACCUAGAAUUUGUACUAAAAUGGUAACAGAACUUGAAACGUUAAUUGAAACUCAUCAUCAACUUUUCAAAUUGGUCUUUGAUAGUCCUAUUAUUCCCAAACAACAUUUUAUGCUUCAUUAUCCAACAGUAAUUAAAACAAUGGGUCCAUUGCUAAACCUCUGGUGCAUGCGUUAUGAAUCUAAACAUGCAAUGAUAAAAUAUUUUGCGUCAAAAUUUAGAAAUUAUAAAAAUUUAACAAAAACUCUUGCACUUCGUUGUCAACAAAUGUCAGGAACUUCUCAUCCUAAUAGUUUAUUUGAGAUAUGUGAACAAUUUGGUCCUUCUGUAUCAUGUUUAAUUAAAGAUUAUAGAUUUUCACAUUUAAUUUCUGUAGAUGAGGAUGAAAUUGAAAACGAUUCAACCGUAUCUCAAUAUAAAUGGUUCAAAUGUGGAUACCUUUACAAAAAAAAAAUGUUUAUAUGUGUAGGAAAAGAUUAUUACCUAAACUCUCAGCUUCCACAGUUUGAUGAAAUAAUUGAUAUAUGUUCAAUAGAUACUGAUGCCUCGGAAAAACAGAUAUUUUUUGUAACAAAAAAAUGGAAAACUGAAUCUUUUGUCGAAAGACUUCAUUCUUAUAAAUUAAAAGAUACAGAUAUUAGUCCAACUUUUGACAUUAUAGAAUUUAGUUUUCUUUUAUAUAAGGAACCAUAUAAUAUAUCACAAUCAUUUUCCUCUAACGAAUGGUUACUCGUUCCGAAAUACAAAUUUAUUUUUUAGAGUAUGUAAAUUCGUUAAAUGAGUUUCUGUUACUUCUACUA